UUGAACGUUGCAAAGCGUUCGGCACGCUCGUUGUCAUGGUGACGGAGAAACACAAACGUCCGUUGAUAGAAGCAGGAACCGACAGUCUGACUUUAACGGACUUUUUACGAUGACGACCGGAGAGAAAAACAUUUUCCACCGAACAGAUUAAUUUCAACGAGGAAUAACAGACCUCCAGCCCGGGGAACAGACCUCCAGCCCGGGGAACACUCCUCCAGCCCGGGGAACACUCCUCCAGCCCGGGUCCGGUUCGACCUGGUGGGGCUAACUGCCGUUAAAUCACCGGUAUGUGUGAGAGCAGAGCGGUGCCCAGCGGGAAGGUUUACCGGCAGCUGUUUGACGCUCAGGUCCAGCUGUCCAGAUCUCUGCUGGCUGGACGCAAAGACACAAGGACAGACUGUCUGUCUGCGGAGGACAGCGUCACACACUGCAGCACGACCAGCAGGUUGUUGUGUCCUCCCUCCAGCAGGGGGCAGCAGGUGGAUGAUGAUGAUGAUGAUGACGUUGAUGAUGUCAGCAGACUUCCUGACUCUGUGGUGGUCGAUCAGCCGAGCUCUGACAUCAUCGAACGACUGACGGAGAGAAAAAACAAAAAACACAAAGAAGCUCUGAAACAGCUGGAGACAGAACUCACACACCUGUCACAGGAGUGUGAGUCUCAGGCGAGGACCAUCAGUGUGGAGCUGCUGUCCUCUCUGCAGGACGUGGACCUCAGACUGAACAACCUGAAGGACAGAAUGGAACACCUGGAUCACCUCAGCGUGCAGGAGGUGUGUGUUCUCUGGGAGGAGGUGGAGGAGGAGGUGAAGAUGAAGAAGAUCAGAAUCAUGGAGCUGAACCACAAACUCACUGAAUCAGAGACUCAGCGAGCCGCCAAGAUUAAAUUCGUGCUCAGGACGUUCCUCCACCUGCUGCAGAAGAUCAACUUCCUGUCUCCACCUGACGUCUGCAGACUGGUUCAUGCCGAGGCCACGGGUGAUGACCUUACUGACCCCUGACCCCUGACCUCUGACCAUCACACUUCUUCUCUGCGUCCCAGAUGUUGAAUCAGUCUCUCCUGGCGAACCGUCGCAGCGUGGCUCGUCUGCUGCUACUCCUUCAGGAGGAGAACCUGCAGCAGGAGUCACUCCUCCACCUGCACUGGGAGGACUGUCU